AAAUAAAAUAAAUAACUCAUGUUAUCUAAAUAAAGGAUCAGAGGAGAAGUUUGCAAUGCAAUUACAAACAAUGGCCUCUGCCAGUAAAACCUUAACCUUGUGUCAAUGUCAAUGUCAAUGGUGGUCUUCUUCUACAUCAUCUUCUUCUUCUCUGCAUAUUCCUAGCAGGGUUACAUGCAGAGCCUCUGAGUCUCAUCCUCAGCAACUUUCAGUUGACAAAACCAUCUGCCAAAUCAAAACCUCUGGUGUCAUAGCUUGCCUCAGAGCCAAUAGUGCAGAAGUGGCCUUGGAAGCUGCAAAUGUUGCAAUAGCAGGUGGCAUUUCAGUUUUGGAGAUUGUGAUGUCUACCCCAGGUGUGUUUGAGGUUCUACAGCAGCUGGUGAAGGAUCAUCCUAGAAUGGCUCUAGGGGUUGGAACUGUUCUCAGGAUUGAGGAUGCAAAAACUGCAAUUAAUGCAGGAGCUAAAUUUUUAAUGAGUCCUGCAAAUGUUAAGGAUAUUAUGGAUUAUGUUCAAGGUCGUGAAGUUUUAUAUAUUCCAGGUGCAAUGACUCCAACUGAAAUAUUGUCUGCAUAUGAUGCAGGUGCUAAAAUGGUCAAGAUUUAUCCAGUUUCUGCACUUGGAGGAUUUCAAUACAUAGAAGCACUGAAGAAACCUUUUCCUCAUGUUUCUAUGGUUGCUUCUCAGGGAAUAACAAUAGAUUCUAUCGUGGAAUAUAUUACGCGAGGAGCGUCGUCAGUUGUUUUGUCAGAUGCAAUAUUUGAUAAAGAGGCAAUUGCUGAGUGUAAUUUCAGUAAGAUAUAUAAACUUGCACAAUCAGCUACCAUGUUGGGGAACCAAGCUGUGAAUAGGUGACACUUCUAUGAAUAUUUCAUGGCAGAUGCUAUUACCACCCCCAAAAAACAAAGACACUUACCAGAAUCUACCUACCUUUCGAUAGUAAAUUGGAUGAAAAACACUAUCAGAAACGUAAUUCUGGUAGUGUUUUUUUGCACUAAUGAGCAAACAUUUGAGGUGGAUGCAAUCAUCAUAUAUUAUGGAUAUUUUUUGUCUUUGACUAAGGUUUUUUGUUAUGAGGUUGUAGCAUUUAUUUUUUUUAUAAAUAUUUAACAAAUUAGAUAAAGUAACUCUUGAGGAAAGAGUUUUGCUUCCA